CCCGUCAUAAUUGUUUCUGCUUUUUCAUCAAGUAUCGUCUUAGACCGUAUCAGGUAACCUAAAUCAGACAAACAACAAACCAUGGUUGAUGUUACUGCAGGGAAAUACUUUAUUCAGAACAAGCUGAAUGGAUUCCGGUUAUUUUAUAACGAUGAUAGAGAGGAGCUUGGAUGUUUUGACGGAGAGAUGUUUGAAGAUCAGUUAUGGUUUAUAUCAAAGAAAUCUAACGGUUUUUAUUCCAUCGUAAGAGACCGGAAGCAUUUAUGUUAUGACGGCUGCGCAUUGUCGAUGACGGAUGUUGCUCGUGACAACUCCCUCUGGGUUUUUGAAGAAGACGGCGAUAGUAAAGGCUUUGUUCGCAUCAUUAAUAAAGUAUACAAUGACAACGUGUUCUAUGCUGCUGAGGAAGACGAACUAAACGGAAGUGGGGAUGAAAAUGAUGAUCAAGUGUGGUUACUAAUAAGAAAAAGUGAUUGAAUUACUUUUUUUGUAAUAUAUCGAAUAAUCUUUUGUUUUAUCAUUGUCGGGGACAUAAUAAAGGCUGUUAAUUUUUUUAAAUUUUUUUCAAAUGUGUUUUGAACAGAAUUGCUGUACGUAUCAUUGGGAUUAUUGUAACGGAAUUUUAUUUUAGUUCCGUCUAUUCUAAAGAUCUUUGCUUCGAAUGUUUAUGUUUUCUGUGGGAUAAAAUAUAUUUUUGAUUUAAAAAAUAAAUAUUCAAAACGUUUGUUCAUACAUUCGAAAUUUCCAAAACAGUCUUCAUAUCAUUUGUAUGAGAUAGGUUGUUUUAAUAAUAAAACAUUAAGAAGUUAUAAAUAAUGUUAUGAUGCAAUUUUAGCCUCACUUCAAAAAUAGUCAGCAUCUUUUUGUGAGUGGCAAGAACGGUUGAACAGAUAAAUCAUAUUACUAUUCCUUUCUAGAAAAGUUAGUAUUUACAUGAAAUACGUUUAUGAAGAUCUCAGCUUCAU